GAGGCGCGGCCCCUGCAGCCGGAGCAGCACGCGCGUGAAGAAGUCGAUCACCAAGACAACCGGGACCAUAACGGCUCUCAUCCAGAUUUAGGGAACGGAGAGGCGCUCAUCAAGAGUAUCGGUUCACAACCGCUGUAACCCGAGAAGACGCCAGGCAGUGGAUUCAACAAAGGAACCAUGUCCAAGGGACCAGCAGUAGGCAUUGACCUGGGCACUACCUACUCCUGUGUGGGAGUGUUUCAGCAUGGCAAAGUGGAAAUCAUUGCCAACGACCAGGGUAACAGGACCACGCCCAGUUACGUAGCCUUUACUGACACCGAGAGGCUGAUUGGAGACGCAGCCAAGAACCAGGUGGCCCUCAACCCCAGCAACACAGUAUUUGAUGCAAAGCGGCUUAUUGGGCGUCGAUUCGAUGACGGUGUCGUCCAGGCCGACAUGAAACACUGGCCCUUCACAGUCAUCAAUGAUAACUCGAGGCCCAAAGUGAAGGUGGAGUACAAGGGGGAGGCAAAGACCUUCUACCCAGAGGAGAUCUCCUCCAUGGUGCUGCUAAAGAUGAAGGAGAUAGCUGAGGCGUACCUUGGCAAGACCGUCACAAACGCUGUGGUGACUGUUCCUGCCUACUUCAAUGACUCUCAGCGCCAGGCGACCAAGGACGCGGGAACCAUUUCUGGACUUAAUGUUCUGCGUAUCAUUAACGAGCCCACGGCUGCUGCCAUUGCUUAUGGCCUGGACAAAAAGGUUGGCGCCGAGAGAAAUGUUCUCAUCUUUGAUCUGGGCGGCGGCACGUUCGACGUCUCCAUCUUGACCAUCGAGGACGGCAUCUUCGAGGUGAAGUCCACGGCGGGCGACACGCACUUGGGCGGCGAGGAUUUCGACAACCGCAUGGUGAACCACUUCAUCUCCGAGUUCAAGCGCAAGUACAAGAAGGACAUCAGCGACAACAAGAGGGCGGUGCGUCGCCUGCGCACCGCCUGCGAGCGAGCCAAGCGCACCCUGUCCUCCAGCACGCAGGCCAGCAUCGAAAUCGACUCCCUGUACGAGGGCGUCGACUUCUACACGUCCAUCACCAGGGCGCGCUUCGAGGAGCUGAACGCGGACCUGUUCAGAGGGACGCUGGAGCCGGUGGAAAAGGCUCUCCGAGACGCCAAGAUGGACAAGGCUCAGGUCCACGACAUCGUCCUGGUGGGCGGGUCAACCCGUAUCCCAAAGAUCCAGAAGCUCCUGCAGGACUUCUUCAAUGGGAAAGACCUCAACAAGAGCAUUAACCCCGACGAGGCCGUGGCCUAUGGCGCAGCUGUCCAGGCGGCCAUCCUGUGCGGCGAUAAAUCCGAGAACGUGCAGGACCUGCUGCUGUUGGACGUCACCCCGUUAUCGCUGGGCAUCGAGACGGCGGGCGGAGUCAUGACCGUGCUGAUCAAGAGGAACACCACCAUCCCCACGAAGCAGACCCAGACCUUCACCACGUACUCAGACAACCAGCCCGGCGUGCUCAUUCAGGUGUUUGAGGGUGAACGGGCCAUGACCAAAGACAACAACCUGCUGGGGAAAUUCGAGCUGACUGGAAUACCCCCAGCUCCCCGAGGGGUUCCUCAGAUUGAGGUGACGUUCGACAUCGACGCCAACGGCAUCAUGAAUGUCUCUGCAGUCGACAAGAGCACCGGGAAGGAGAACAAGAUCACCAUCACAAAUGACAAAGGCCGUUUGAGUAAGGAGGAUAUCGAGCGCAUGGUCCAGGAAGCAGAGCAGUACAAGGCUGAAGAUGACGUGCAGCGAGAAAAGGUGGCGGCCAAGAACGGUCUGGAGUCGUACGCGUUCAACAUGAAGUCGACUGUUGAGGACGACAAGCUGAAGGACAAGAUCAGCGAGGAGGACAAGAAGAAGAUCCUGGAAAAAUGUAACGAGGUGAUCAGCUGGCUGGAUAGAAACCAGACUGCAGAGAAAGAGGAGUUUGAGCACCAGCAGAAGGAGCUUGAGAAGCUGUGCAACCCAAUUAUGACCAAACUCUACCAGAGUGCAGGAGGGAUGCCAGGAGGGAUGCCAGGAGGAAUGCCAGGAGCUGGGUGCGCUCCCGGAGGAGGAGGCGCUCCCUCUGGGCCCACCAUCGAGGAGGUCGACUAAAUUACAGCGGCAGCUAAAAAGAUUUUCUUUAUGUUUGAUGUCCAAGGCGGCCUUGUUUAUAUUUUCAAAGCAUGUUCUGAAGAGUAAACUACUCUAUGUUGGACACUUUUUUU